AUGCCUCACUGUCAGUUCUUCCUUCUGUUCUCCUUAGGGCUGCCCACCGGAAAGCUGUUCGAUCUGGAUUACUUCUGCCACAUGCAGAUCGCCGGUAUUCUCCUCUGGGUAUUCUCACUUUCCAUGCUCUCCCUCACCAUUGUAACGCAGUAUUAUCAGUCGAGCCGCUCGCAAGGCAUAGGAGUGGUCCUAUGCGUAGGCAUGCUGCUCUUGCCAACGAUCUUCUUUCAAGCCCAUAAUUGGACGAUUCACUGUGCACUCGUCAUGGGUACCAUCCUCGCAGUGCGAACAAUUGCCCGCCAAUCCCCAUGUCAGGCAUCAAAGGCAUCUUCCGGGACCCGGCAUACCUUCUGGGAUCUCAAAAGCGUUGAGCCGGAUGAUCUGGCACAGACAUCUACCUUCAGCUCACACGGCAUAUUAUCCACAUUCUCAUUCUACACCACUGCAAUCCUCAAUGUGGACUCGGUUUUCGGGCGACUACUCCUAAGCCGGCUCGCCGACUCAUUUGGGAAGAUCAACAUGAUCUGUACGGUGUCUGUUGUGGGCACCGCGCUGCUGGUUGCCCUGUUUGGCGUCAACUUCGAGGCCGUGGUCAUUGUGUUCGCGAUCCUGUACGCCAUUUUCUCCGGGGCAGGCGGGCAUCUCCACCGUGUCUAG